AUGACCGUCAACGGGAAGAAGUCGCCCAAACGCAUGAACUCAUUGGAGACGUGCGUAGCGUCACAACGAAGACCUCCCGAUAUUAUCGCAAUCCAAGAUCCUCCGCCCAAGUUCGCUUUCAAGAGCUUUGGCUCAUAUGGACACUGGUAUCGCGCAGCCGAUGUGGGAGAUGAGCGGCAAGAGCUCACUCGAGACGAUGACCCGAGCACGUAUCCCUAUCGUAUUCCCCAUGACCGCAACGAGCGUCCGAAGAAAGCCGUCAAAGAUCUGUGUAAGGUUGCUUUCCUUGUACACAACUCUUUGAAAGGCUGUCGCAUCACCGAAGCGAAAGGCAAGAACCGUGGCCUUCAUGCUACCCUGCACGUUACCCUUCGAAGCGGACAUACGAUCGCGUUUCACAACGUCUACAACCAUUACAACAGCAUCGAUGUGGCUGAGCUCGGGAAAUCCAUGAUGAGUACGGACAAGGCCCACGUCAUGGUGGGAGACCUCAAUCUCCACCACCCAGAUUGGGCUGGUGACGAAUUGGAGUGGCACAAGGUCGAGAAGCAGGCUAAGCUUCUCGUUGAGCGCUUCCAGGAUGCCAGCAUGGAGUGUCUCAACGACGGUGGGAUCACCUACUCAAGGUCUGCUGACGUUGACCGAUACGCGAGUGUUCUCGAUCUUGUGUAUGUCAAGGACGUACUCAAGGAUCAAGCCGUAUACAAGAUCCUCGAGAACAUCCCUGGAUAUCUAUCGGACCAUCGUAUCUCUUCGGUUUCCAUCGACGUCAACAUGGAGCGCAGGACCGGCAUUCGAUACCACUGGGAUGCGACACCGAAAGACGAAUUCGAAGAACGCGUUACCGAGCUGCUCCAAGAUAUCGAAAUUGCUGGACUGGACGACGCAGAUGCGGUGAACAGUGCUCUGAAGACCAUCAUCACCCAGGUUCUGGAGCCGGCUAUCAAGGAGCUCGUCCCGGUAACCCAGCUUUAUCAACCAGAGCCUAAGUAUCGCCCCAAAGUUAGCCCAGAUGCUACUAAGCGGACUACCGAUUGGCGCGAGUCCAUGGAGAAGAAGGCUGCUGGUCCUCGUGGUAUCUUCAACUUCGCAAAACAAGUGCACAACUGGAGCGUUCCAAGACGUUUGGCGUAUACACCAGACUUCAAGGUUGGGACGGAGACAUUCCAUCACAAUCACGAAAAAGCGGACAAGUACGUGGAGUGCACCUGGCCAAGCAGUCGAUUGAAAGGGCCUCCCCUGAAACCGACGUUCGAGCAAGAUAGUGAUCGACCGGAGUUCGUACGUAUCCGAUGCAUUCCACAAUCAUCGACAUCAAAUCAUCGACUAACACUUGCAUAG